AUGGCAAAAGUAAUCAAUGCACUUGCAGAAACAGCUACUUCUCAUUUGUUGGGGGCUGUAACCAUUUUGUUGGAAGAGAAGGUGAAGGUCAUUUUGAAUGCAAAAGAUGAUCUCAGGAAGCUGGAACGCUUUCAGAAGGCGACAAAGAUCGAGAGUGAGCUCAAGGAUGCCUUUUACGAUGCCCAGGACAUUGGGCUUAGCAAAAGGGAGAAGGAUUCGGCAUUAAACAGAAAGGUACGAAAGCCUUGGAAUACUCUAUACUCAUGCUUUAAAGAACAUGUUUCUUUUCCCUACCACCUUGGUAAUGAAAUCAAGAAAAUCAACCAAAGGCUUGAUGAAAUAAAUAAUGAUAGGGAAAUGGUGGAUUUAGGUACGAUCAAAACAACACCAAAAGUGAGUGGUGAAGGUCCUGUUAGUGGUGUACAACCACCCAUAGGCAGGGAGGGUGAUAAGAAUGCCAUAAUCGAAAAGCUCUUGUUUGAUGGAGCUACGCUGAGUAGUGCGCUGGAUAGACAUGUAGGUAUUUCUAUUAUCUCCAUGACAGGUCAAGGCGGGAUUGGCAAGACAACUCCUGAAAAAAGUUAUUGA